CACAUGACUUCACCUGACUCAAACAAUGUAGUUAAACAACAAGAUGACAAGCCUAGCAAAACAUGCUCUGCAACAGCGUGCAGCAUGCAGUGCGCAGCUAUUCGGAGCCAAAGGAAAGAAGUGUGUUUAUAAAUCGCUCUCUGUUGUUGAUGUUGUUGUCGUUGAAUAGGCGGUUGAUAUGAGCUAAUUCUUUUAAUUAACUUUAUCAACCAUUAAUUAAACCCUAUAAAACUAACUGCGUCUUUCUAAGACAUACAGAAGUAACGAAUUUUGGAAUUACAUAUAACUGUCAAGAAAAUUAUGAACAAAUACUAACUCUGAACACAGGAUGAACUGGAUUACUGCAGAUUAACGAUAAUCUCAAUAAUUGGCUUGGCAAUUAUUUUUUUUUUAACAACCUUUUUUUUUUCCUAUCUGCGGAAAAGAUGCUGGGGGACAACGAAAGCCUCCCAAUUGAUAACGACAACUAUCUGGAAAAUUGGAAAGAAAAACGACGGACAAAGAAGAAAGACUUACCUGUUACCUUGACAGAGGAGGAAAAGGAGGAGGUGAAGAAAGCAAAGACAAUGCUCACAGAGAGAGGAGGAGGUAAUGUCAGGGGAGCAGGAAAAGAAGAGGCUGUAUUGCGUACUGGAGGUGGUGCGAUGAAGGACUCAAGAAGAUGGACUGUAGCGGAUGAGAGUGGAAUACAGGGUUUGGGAGGAAAAUUGGGUUUAGAGAAAGAGGCUGACGCUUCCAAAGAGUCAGAAUUAGAGAGGGUUUUUAGAAGACGGGGAAGUGGCUUAAAGGAUGUGAAGUCUAUGCUACAGCAACAAGAACAAGAGAAACAUAAUGAAGUGCUCCAACGACAACAAAGGUCUCGGUCAAUGAUCAGUUCUCUAAAGUACCAUGACAAUGAUAAGAAGAUUGAAGAUGACAAAGGCAAAGCUGAUCGUGGUUGUGGUGGUGGUGGUGGUGGUGGUGAUGACGACGGUGGUAACCAAGGGCAGCAUGGUGGAGACGACAAGAAAGAUGAAAAAAAUAAGGAUCAGGACACACUGCAUGAUCCCCUUCAUUGUCGACCUGGCCACCAUGAAGGGGAUAACCAUGAUAUCAACAAAGACAACAGCAACAAAAACAAUGUAACUUCCCCCAGUCCUCGUUCUCGGUCGUCUACAGGUGAAUGUCUUAAACAAGUUCCUCAGACAAGGAGUGGAACUAAGGAAGAGGAGAAGGAGAGGAUAGGAAAAAUAGAUAAAGAGAAGGAGAGGGUAGGAAGAAUAGAUAAAGAGAAAGAAGAGAAGGAGGACAUCCCAGAGGUGGGGAAGAGGAAGGAUAGUUAUGAUGAUAGUAGGAGUAAGGCGAGAAGAGAGAGUAAUGAUGAUGGUGUGAGCAACAGAAAGGAGAAGUCUCAGAAGGGUGAGGGUAAGAGUGAGAGGAGGGAUAAAGGUGAGAAGGAAGGCAAAGAGAAAGUGAAGGAGGUGAAGCAGGAGGGAAGAGGUGUUGGGGAGGAUAAAACCAACAGGUUAAGCGGCUUGAGUGAGCCGUGUGCAGCUGAGGAUAAUCCUAAGACUUCUGCAUCAUGCACUGACAGCAACGCACCUUUAGUUGCUGCUACUGCUGCUGCCGGCAGUGUUGAUGAAAAAUUAACACAACCUUCACAGACUGCUGCAGCUACUACAACUACUACUACUACUGGUACUGCUACUACUACUACCACUGUUAAAGCUCUUACUUCUACUGCUUCAACUGAAGCUGAAGCUGAUCGUCCUGUUGUCCGAAGAUCAACACGACUAACAACAACAACAUCAAAAGCAUCAGCAGCAGCAGUCGCUGCAGAAGUAUCUAGUAAGUUUAAGCGACCCCAGAGCUCGUUUUCUCCAUCAUCAACAUCAUCAUCAUCAGCAGUUUCUGGAUCUUCUCCUGUCUUCCAACCACUUAAAAGACCACUGUCUUUGGCUCAAGCUUCACACCCAUUGCCAGCUUCACCGUCCAAACUUUCAGCGAAGACAACAACAACGACCACCACCACUGCCACCACCAGCAUCACUGCCACCAACCCCACUUCAACUUCAACAUCGGAUAGUUCCUCCUCUGCUGUUUCUCCUUUGUCUUCACUUUUGUCUUCUUCCUCGUCUUCAUCUUCACUAACCAGACCACUGAGAGUAACUGCACCAACAUCCGGCCUUCCGCCUCUGGCGUUGAAACCUCACCUUGGCCUUACAAAUUCAGAACUACAGACAGAUCAAAAUACUGCUCCGGCUCCAGAGCCAAAUAAGUCCCAGGAAGUUGCCUCCACCAUUCCUGAGAUUUCAGGAGAGGUUGUCACUAAAGUUAACAGUAGCAAAAACAACAACGAGAUACCACAACAAUGCCUGGAAUCAGCUCUUACCAAUUGUGAAUCUGACUCCAAAGAAACCAAAAGUAGUAUAGAACCUCCAAGUGAUUCAGGACUGGAUACAGGAAUAGAACCACUUGUAAGUCCCAAUUCAGAUCUUGACCAAACUGACUUUAGUCAGUCAAAUGACCACAAUGAGGAGAAGGAUACAGUCUCUGAGAUUUUGACCUUGAGCCAGAAGAAGGUUGAUUUCAACUUGGAACUCAGCAAAAGUAGUUCAGAUAUAUAUGGCAUCAUGAAACAGGUGCCAAAUGAGAAAGCGAUGUCAGAAUCUGACCUUUCUGCGAUCAAAGUCACCCGAACAUUGACCAAUGAAACCGCCCGACAUAAGCUUCUACUCCGCAGGAAGAGUUCCCUGGCUCGACGCCAGAGGCCUUCACGUGCAAGGAAACGAACAGACAGUGAGAGUGAUUCUGACACUAGCCGACCUAACACAGGAGAUGGCAUUCAGGAUCAGCCGCUAUCAUUUAGCUCUGAAUUGAAAAACUUCCAUGAAAAUGAGAAAAUCGACACUGACAGUUCUCUCGAAAAGGUCCCUGAAAAUAUCACUGAUUACCUUCCAAAGGUGUCUGGUAAACAUGGAGAUCCUGGAUUACAACUGAAAAGGGAAAAGAAUUUGGAGAACGAAGCUGUGUUUAGCACCCAGUCUGCCAUUCGCUUAAGAAACUUGUACAACAACGACAGUGACCAAAAAACUGAACCAAACUACGUCAAAGAGGCAAGCCCACAGACAGAAAAAUCGUUAUCUUCCAAGAGAAUCGGUGAAAUACCUGAACCAUUACAGCUAUCACCAGAAGAUCUUUCUCCUCCACCGUUAUUGUCUUCACCACCACCAUCUUCACCGGAGCCGUUCUCAUCACCACCACCAGUACCAGAAUCAGUUGAGCCCCAAGUGCCUUUCAGAAGGUUCAGGCCCCCACAUUUGCGUAAAGGAGCAAACAAGAAUAACACCGAUAAUGUCCUUGAAGAGAGUGUUGACAAAAACUGGCAAAACAGCCUGAACGAACUGAAUACAAGAAUAAGUCGAAAGGGUCCCUCAAAUGGAAAUUUGACUGAAUCUUUCAAAGGUCCAAGAAUUUUGAGAACGAAAUCAAGUAUUGAAAGACAAAUUUAUAAGAAUUUGGUUGAGCCGGAAACAUUGAAUGAAAAGGAAUUGUCAAAGACAGAAGAUGGCUCUUCUGUAAAUGACAAAAGUGAAGAUCUUUUGAUUGAAGAUUACAAAAAACGAAAAUCAAUUUCUGAAAGUAAUUAUUCCUUUGAUGUAAAAUCUGUUCUUCGAAAGGUUCCCGAGAAUGCAAAAGAAAAGUCUCCAAGAGAUGACAGUUUGGCUCCAAAAGAACCAUUAUUUAAGAAUCUAGAAUCAAGGCGAUCGACUUCUUUUGUUCAUCUUGAAAAAAAAUCUGAUACCAAAGUUCAGAAAGACCCACCUUGGCUCAAAGAUUUCUCUGGAAAAAAAGUUGGUCGCAUUUUUUCUAAAUUUGAUUGUGUGAAAUCUCCAACAGAGAAAGAAUCUGAUAAAGAGCAAACUCCGAAAAUCUGGGAAACAUACCAGACUCCAAAAACCAACAUUAAUGGUGCCGAAAUCAGUAAGACCAGGCCAUCCAGUUUGUUCACUAGUUCUUCCACGCCACUGAAAGACACAAAUAAAACCCCUGUUUUAUCGGAAAACAAGAAGCCUGUGAUAAAUAAGGAAGGGAAAAAACUGUCCUCAUCAUCAUCAUUAUCGUCAUCUUCACUGCAGAAACACAAGACUGAGUCGAAACCGAAUGAAAGCUGGUCUACACCAACAACAUACAGGAGAAAGAGUCAAGAAUCAGAUAAAAUCUCACAACAGCGGAAGUCAGUGUCAAGCACUCAGAACUUAUCCUUCUCAGUUUCAAGUAUUUCUGAAGCUGUUCCAGACUGGAAGAAGAAAUUGGCUGAGAAAAACAAGACCAAAAGAGAAUCAUUCUCAAAAAUAAAGAAUUUUAAUUCUUAUAAAAAAUACUUUACACUUAAUGUCUCCAAGAUCAAAAACCAUAAAUGGACUAACAGGAACUAUACGAUUCCAACAGUAAAAUCCCAAACGCGACAACAACAGCAACAAAAACAAUCAUUGUCGUCGAUAUUGUCUCCUUCAAGAACAACUGCUAUAGCAGCAGUGGCAACGGCAACAACAUCAACAACAACAACAGCAACAACAACAGCGGCUGCAAUUGUGACUGCAACAACCACAGCGACCAUUAUUGGGACGGUUGCAGCAUCGACUGCCAUUGCAGAAAUAACAACAUCACCAAAUAAAGAUAGUUUUGAAAAAUGUGGCAUUGAUAUUAACAACAGCAACAACGAUAUUUAUUACAACAACAACAAUAACAGCUAUAGCAACAACAACAACAACAGCAGCAGCAGUCAGACCAACGGCUACAACAUCAAUAACAGCAACUAUUACCACAACAAUUACUACGAGAGCUACCCAAACCAGAACGAGUAUAACAACGUCAAUAAUUCUAGUAACUAUAGCAACGAAUAUCUCCAUUGGGAACUUCAGCAAAACAAUAUGUAUAAUCCGAAUGAUAACUUUUAUCCUAAUAUGGGUCCUUAUCCGACGCCAUCAGUUUCUAUGCCAAAUGUGACAGAUGAGAGUUACCAGUCAUGGUACCAAGGCCAACCCCAACAAAACUACUACAAUGGUUAUUACCAAAGUUAUCCCAUGUACAAUGCACAACAAGGCUGUCCAACUGAUGUUUCUUAUUCUAUGCCUCAUAUUGCACACUCAGCUUCAUUUGAUGGUCAGAUAUAUGACCAGCCAAGAUAUGACCCUAAUUAUCCACCAUUGACUUCGCAAUCAUUCGAUUCAUUUGUCUAUCCUGACGAGAAAACCGUUGAUAGUCCAAGAACACCAAAAAUUAGCCCCAAACCAUCUCCUAAAUCGAGUCCCAAACCAACUCCCAAAUUGAGUCCUUCAACUAAAAGUGCCAACAAUUUAGAGUGCCACAGUGAUGACAAUGGCUCAGCGUCUCCAGUUCGAAACUCUGCUCGAUUUGUUAAAGUCCUUCCCUCAACUCUCGGUAUUGAUUCACCAAUUAGUAAACCUAAAUUGAGAGGCCGUAAACAACCGGUUUCAACACCAGACACAAGUCCUCAAAAGCCCUCUUGUCCUAUGUAUUCUUUGAGUAAUGCAGAAAGCCAGCAUGAUCUACCUAGUGCAGUUAAGGCCAAACAGUCAAACAAAUCUCUCUAUGUGCGUGUUUUGCCAGCACCUAUACUAUCUGAGAAAAAGUUAAGUCCUAAGAAGAUUAAAGAAUUUACUGAUUUAUCUCCUCAGUCAAGUCCAGUAAAUCACAUUCCAAAGACUUCAAACCUUAAUAAGAAAAAUUCACAUCACUCCAGCCCCGAGAUGAAAUAUUUCUCUAAAAAAUUCUUCAGCAAGAAAACUGAAAAUAUAUCCAGUGAUUCUGAUCUGACACCAGAACACAAAGAGAAAAGGCCUAAAUCAAAGCGCUACCGAUUAAAAUUUCCUGCUAGUCCGAAAUUUUCACCAUUUAAGAACAAGAAAUCAAAGAGUGUAUCAAGUAAAUCCAAAUCCAGUUCAGAGAACAGUCCUGUGCAGAGUGAUGGAGUCACUGAUGACAGCAAUGAAGUUGACGAGGAUGAUACCAAGGAGAAAGCCACCAUGCAACAAGUGAAAGGACCUUAUUACCAGAUCUUGCGGAGCCCGCUGAAAAACAAGAGUAUUAGACCAAACCUAGAGCGGUCUUAUACAGUUCCAGUGAUGGAUACAAAUGACGAGGACUUUUUAAAUCGAUUGGAUAUUAACGAUAACAGCUCGGACAGUGAAGUUAGCACUGAGAAAGUUAAUCGAUCUUUUGUCCGUACCCGUCGGGUUGAUGACAUCAGCCAGAACAAGACAGAAGAUGCCUCCACAGUACAGCCAGCUUGGCGGCAAAAACUUGCCAAUAAAAACAAGAGCUCCCAGAGUAUUGAGCAAUCAGAUAAGAAAGUGUCUGAGAAACCUGAGUGGAUAAGAAAAGCUGAAGAGAGAAGAGCUCGUGUAUCACAAAGCAGUUUGUUGAAGAACUGACAGCAAGAUUCCUUCAUCCCAGAUAAGAAAGAAGUUUGAAAAAUGACUGAGAACAUCUUUGGCAACCAAAGCAAAAGAAAAAACUACACCCAAUGCAUGUGCAAAGAUGGUUACAACUGUAAAAGCCCUUCUUUGAAAAAUAACCUUCGUAAUUCUAUUUUUCAAACUCUGCUCACUCCAGAUUUUUUUAUUUAUUUUCCCAAAAUUGGGAAUUAAUUAAAAAAAAUUACUUUGUUCAAUACUGAAUAUUCCUAUUAGUCAUUGAAUUAAAAAAAAAAAAAUUGCAUAUAUACAUAUACAUAUAUAUAUAUAUAUAUGUAUAUAUGUACUGAAAUUUAACUGGUGUGAAAAACAACUAAAUAAAAAGAUUAAAAUGUUUUUUAAAGAAAUAUUUGCAAAAACAAAAGGAAAAAAAAUACUAAAGAUUUUGGUAUGUUAGUUCCAAGACCAACUUUGGAACAAAAG